GUGCUGCUUUAGAAAGUGAGGAGGGGCAAGAACUCACUGCAGAAUCAAUAGCUGAGUUCCUUAGAUAUUUAUAGCUCAUGGGAAGGAGGGCGGGGAUUGGUGGGUGUCUGGGGAUUUAAUAAUAAACACACAAAUAUCAUUGUUCUUAGUGAAUUUUCAUCUUCUAAUUCCCAUAACCCACUAAAUAUCCCUGGCUGCCCCCGGGAGUCUGGGGAGGGAGAACUAGUAAACUCCUGUGACCAGUGUGGAACCUAAAGCACAAGGAUCUUUCCGUGGCUGCCUCAAAGUCACCCAGAGUGAAAUUGACUUCACUGGAUAAAUCCCUAGUUGCUGGGCUCUGCAGAGGGGUGAGGAGGUGAAUUCCACCCUCCAUUCCUGGGCAUGGACCCCCCCCCCGCACCCCACAAUCUUCACCCUGAUCUCAGACACUACCCCAACCUUCCCCUGCAGUGAUGGACCCACUUGAUGCUGCCAGAACCAUCUGCCAUGGGACCUAGAGGGGGCAGAGGCCAAGCUCCAGAACUACUACCCAUGCCCACAGCCCCCAAGCUGUGCGGGAGUUACCCUGACUUUCCAGUCUGCAGAUGGGUCUAGCUGAACCCAGUCCGUGCACCCACCACACAUAAACUUUGUCACAACACCCAUCCCAGGAUGGGGAGGGACCAUCUGGGGCUGGCUACAAUCUCCCUUUGCUGCUGUGAGAGGAAUGGGAUGGUCCCAGGGGCAGAAGGGAAGUGUAGUUUCUUCCAGGGGAUUGAAAAUGUCUGAGCUAGAGUCCUGAGCUCUGUCUUCCUGUUUGUCUCCUUCUGGCACUUUCAGAUCUCUUGGAGAGACAAGCUACAGAAUAACGUCCACGUUUUGCUCCAGAUCAUCCCAUCCUCCCAGGGGGAAGGAAAUGUCUGCAAUGGAGCUGGCUCAGGGUUUUCAGUUUCCAAACCUCGUAUAAUGUCCCAGCUGGAACAAGGGGAAGAGCCAUGGGUUCUGGACCUCCAGGGCUCUGAGAAAAAAGUGCUCCUGAGAGCUGCCUGCACAGGUGUUGGGAUGGUGAGUGAGAAUGAGGAGAAACCCCAGCAGGAAGAUACUGAGCAAGUAUUACUCCAUGGGACGUUAUCAGGAAGAUCCAAAGGGAAUGUUUCCAGGAGUUGUGCACUCCCAGAAAAAGCAAAAGACUGUGAGAGUCGACACAGGCCAGAGGAAAACUUCAGUAACCACUCAGACCUUCUUACCUGCAAGAGAAUCAACUUGGAAGAGACACACUACACAUGCCAUGAGUGUGGGAAACACUUCAGUCGGCGCUCAAACCUUAUCAGACAUAAGAGAAUCCACAUGGAAGAGACACCUUACACAUGCACUGAGUGUGGGAAAAGGUUCAAUAGGUGCUCAAACCUUAUCAGACAUCAGAAAAUCCACACUGGAGAGAUGCCCUACACAUGCUCAGAGUGUGGGAAACGUUUCAGUCAGCGCUCAAACCUUAUGACACAUCAGAGAAUCCACACAGGGGAGAAGCCCUACACAUGCUCUGAGUGCGAGAAAAGGUUCAAUCGGCACUCACACCUUAUUAGACAUUGUAGAAUCCACACGAGUGAGACACCCUACACAUGCUCUGAGUGUGGGAAAAGCUUCAGUGACAUCUCUGCCCUGACCACCCAUCAGAGAAUCCACAAUGGGGAGAUGCCCUACACAUGCUCUGAGUGUGGGAAAAGCUUCAGUUGGCGCUCAUACCUGAUCAGACAUGAGAGAAUCCACACAGGGGAGAAGCCCUACACGUGCUCUGAGUGUGGGAAAAGCUUCAGUCAGCGCUCUACCCUUAACGCACAUCAGAGAAUCCACACAAGAGCAAUGUGCUAUCCAUGCCCUGAGUACAGGAAAAGCUUCAGUCAGCGCUCAGACCUUAUCAGACAUCAGAGAAUCCACACAAGAGAAACGCCCUACACAUCAGGCCUGCACAACUCAUAAAGCAACGAAGGCCAUAUUGCUCCAAAGGAAACAGCUGAGGGCUGAAACCGCCCAGCCUCGCAGAAACACCCCACCCAGUGUUGCCCGGCGCCAUGGAAACACUCCCCCCUGGCACUGCCCAGCCCCACGGAAACAAACCCUCCUUCCCUAGCGCCAACCUGCUGAAACAGCUGUGGGCCGAAAAGGAAGGUUGAGGGUGUGUUUGAUACUUUAUUAAGAACAAUUAAAGCAAACAAUUUUUUAAAUUAUUUUAAUUUUUUUAUGAAUUAUGUAAAAAUGAAAAACACCUGUUUCCUUGAAAGAAAACAUUUGUACUUUUCAUAAUUACCUUGCAAAUUUAAUGAGAGAGAGUACAUCUCUUUUCAGCAACAA